GUCAACAUUUCUAACGUUGUUGGCGGGACGAACUUGACAAGAUUCUUCAAGACACUCAACUGAUAUGGCUGCUACACAUCCAUUAGAUGACCCACAUGACACAGGUCAGGUGCUGUACUCGUCAUUACUGGUCCUUGGUCUUGAUGCUGUUUCUCUCGAGCACAGUCUGCGUACGCCAGUCAAUCAAAAAAUAUUUGUUCGGAUGAAUAAGAAAUUGGGAGAAGAGAUCCUUCAUUUUUUGUUCACAUGUAUUGACCAGGAAAAAGCAUCUAAGGUGUUCCGAGACUGUUGGCCACUGAUUGAUAAGAAGCAAGAAUAUCAGUUUCACAAGGCAACAUUUGAAUGGUACAAGUCUCUUCAACAGGAGUAUGGCCAACCUUUACCUGCUGUGGUAGCCAAGACUUUCUUGUCACCUGGAGGACCUAAAUUUACAUCUGCAUUAAUGACAUUGUCUACGAUUGCUCUCCAUGCUUCUCUGAAUAAACGAGUUUCAGAACACACGCUCAUCCACUUUCCAACUCUUAGUCGUAAUCCAAAUCAGAAUCACAGCAAACUGAAACUUCUUCAGGUAUCAAAGAGAUUCUAUUUACAGGAAUUUAUUGCUAAACAGAGAACAAGACAGUCAUUUCUAUCCAAGCUUCAAGAAAGAGCUAGAUCCCUUGUAGAAAGAUACAAUGCACUGUGCUCAGAAGAUGAAAUGAAAAAACAAGAACUAGAACAAACCCUUCAGAAAUGUGAAAGAUUAAGUCAACAACAAAAAGAUAGCUUUAUGAAGAGUCCCCUCUCUGAAUUCCAGGAGGAAAUAAUGGCUGACAUAUCCAAGUUGAAUGGUGAAGCUGGAGAUCUUUGGGAACGAGUCAGUACUUUUCACAAGAUUGAAUCAUCUUCGUGGAAAGUGUUGGCCCCACUCCUAGAUGGAACAAUGUCCCUGUCACAUGUAGAUGGGUCUCUUUAUACUCCAACAGUCCCAGAAAUUGUGUUCAAGGAUUAUGCAGUAGACAUCAAUAAGGUUGGUCUUCAAGGUUUAUACACUGAUGGAAAGUUGAAUCUCUUGAGUUUAGUGCAGUAUUCAACCUUUGCACUUCGGAGCAUCUUGAAGGUCGUGCAAGCAACCCACUCCCAAUCCAGGCCAGAAUCUGCCCAGGAACUGAAAGUUCUGACAGGUCGUGCAGCUAGUAUGAGUGAAUCUAUGAGUGACCUUAGCAACAAGCUUAAUACGUUACUCCCUUCCCUCAUAGAGUCAGUUUCAACUCUGCGAAAGUGCACCUCUUUUUCUGAAUCUUUCGAUAACUUGGAGUUGGAAGGGAAACUUCAACUGUGUCCACCAACACCACCUUUGAGUUUAGUCAACACCCCAGUGAACACACCAGUUAGUGCUCACAAGAGCAAAAAAUUAUUACCACUGCACCUUACUCCAGUAUUAGGUCUUCUGGGCAACAAACGCAGAACAGUUCACUGCAUGAAUGGUAUUACACCUACCAGAUUGUUGUCAUCGAUCAACAUAACUCGAGCUGCAAAGCGGUCUCCCAAAGCAGAUGUUAGUUUUUCUUCAUCAACCCAUCUUGAUGAUUCAGUUAUAAUUGAUGCCAGAAAAGAUGCCAAAAAACUGGAGGAGGAAGCAGGUCUCACAUUAGAAAUGGUAACUGUGGACUGUAGAGGACACUAUAAACUCAAACAGGACCAGAAAAACCUGUAUAAACUUGAGCAGACUAACCUUCAACCCAAAGGAAAUAGAGGGGUGAGGUCAGCUGCCUCCAGACCUUCCCAGAUUCCAAAGUAUGGUAUCAAGGCUGCAAAUAUGGUUAGUAAAGAGUCAGUGAUGCAGCGAGGUGACAAAAGCGCUGAAGAAGUUUGCAAGAAGAUAAGUUGUAAUGAACCUGAUACUACUUAUUCACCAAGUAUCAAAGAAACCAGCACAACCAUUUCUGAAAGCAAGCUUGCAGAGGAAUUGCUUACAGAGCAAAUUGCAGAUAUGCUGGCAAAUGAUGAAUAUGAUGACAGUGGAACUGCAGAAUUAUUAACAACACUUUCAUCAGGAAAUAACACUGUAAUUGAAGCUUCUACUGGUGAUUCAGCAGGUUGUGUGGAAGGAACUAUAGAUUCUGAAACCCUUCUAGAUGCAAUUGAAAAAAUUGAUAUCACUCCUAAAAGUAAACAUAAGAAAAACAGAGCCAGAUCAUCCCUUCAUCGAAGUGUAGGAUCAGUGAAAAGUCAUACUCUGGCCAAUAGUUCUGUGUUAUCACCACUUGCUAGAGAAGAUAAGCAGUCACCAGUUAAGUCAGAUUACACACCAAAAACUGAUACACAAUUCACACGGCUUAUUGACUAUACUCCAUGCAUUCGUAAUGGUGGUCAUCUCAGUGUGGCUGUUGGGUUAUCUUGUGAGGAUCCAUUCAAAACUCCAAUGCCAUUACAGCAACUUGGUGGACAUAAAGUUGCUUUAUAUAGCAGUCAAAAAAGUGAGAGAGGAUUCCCAGUUUUGUCAAGCACUGAAAGUAAAAGCCCCACAAAUGAUGAUCUAAUUGUCAGAAUGGCACUCCUAACUCAGAGUCCAGCUAGGGAUAACCCAACACCUCUUGCUUCAAAGAUUUUGUCAAAGUUUGAGGAUGUCAACUUUGGUAAAGGAAAGAAUACGUUGAAAUCUGUUGCAGGUGAUGGUUACAGCUCAACUGUAGAAGAGUUGCGGCACCAGUCCAAGUCCAGUCUUAAUAAUUUAAUGAAACAGGUGCAACAGGUGAAAGAGGAAUAUCCAGCUAAAGUAGAGAAAAUGAAGCAAAGAAGAAAAACAGAAUGUGGUUUCAACUCAAAGUUUCUAACAUUAGUUAAAAAUAUCAAAAAUGGGAAGGACUCAAUUCAGACCACUGAGUUAAAGGAAAGUUAUAACUCAGGUGGACAGAAUUGUGAGAACACAGAUGAAGGACGCAAACCUGAGUUAUUAAUGAACUCCAGAGACUCCUUUCACAGUACAGUUGCAAGAUUGGAGGCACUGCUGGAUGAUGAUGAUGAUGAUGAUGAUGACACCUUUACUGGAAACUUAGGAAAGAUUACUUUAUCGACUGAAGACACUGAGAAGUUCAUGGACUGUGAAGAAUUUGAAAAGACAUUGUUACAAACUCCUGGCCAACAAUCAUCAUACCUGCCUAGAAAUUCAAUAUUUGACACAUUAACUGAGUCCAUAUUAGCAGGAGAAGUUUGUUCAUCCUUAUUAACAAAUGAAGAUGUUCAGGAUGAAAUUCGAAGAGAAUCAAUUUCAUCUCGUAGACAGUCGCUGAUUAGCUUAGGAAGGAUGAGUAUUGGGUCAAAUAAAGGUUUGUCAGAGGCACUGUCAGUUUUCCAGCAUCGGAUGUCCACAGGUUGUGCUGGUAUAUUAGAUGAGAGUGAUUCAUGUUUGCUGUCUAUAUCAGUGGAUGAUUUUGAAGACUUUUGAGAUAUACUGACAAUUACAUCUAUGUACAUUGUUAAAAAGGUAGAAUAUUGGGUGAAUGACGAACAAGUCAAGGGUUGUGACUCGUGCACAGAAUUCUGAAUUUCAUUGGAUUGUGAAAUAUGAGGCAUAUAUUGCACUUUUGUACAUAUUGAAUUGUUUGAUAAUGCAAUAAAGUUGACUUUUAUUGGGAUGAGUGUUCAGUAGGAUUUACAUAUGGAACUGAUUUACUGGUUGAAAAAAAUUACAUUUGCAUUUCAAGUUUAAUGUCUAAAUAUGUUAUCAGGGUAGAUUUUUUAAAAAGAUUUUAGCUUGAACAUAUGUGUUAUAACUAAAUACAGAAUAUAUAAAUGCUAAUUUUGAAGAAAUUCAAGAAAUUGCCUUUGCAAGGGAACCAGUCCCGUCGUAAACUAUGAAGAAACAUAGGAUUUCAUUAGAUAGCUGGGGCUUAUGGUAGUAAGCAAAUAUGAACAAUUAAUCAGAAAUAUAGUUGUGAGAAUGGGCAAAGAGCAUUAGGAAAGCACAAAGGUCAUAAAGGAAGACCUGGACUAAAAGAGAAUUAGAGCAGAAAGUGAGCAAGACUAGAGAGUACUCAUUUCAUGUUGAAACCUGUCACAGGUGAAUUUAACCUAAUACCUCGUAUAAUAAUAAUGAAGAUUUGCACCAGCCAACUCUUUUCAAGAAGUGACACACCUUGACUCAAAGAAUAAUAGUUAUGGCAUAAAGUGACAUAUUAAUCUCUUUCAGUGGGAUUACUAAAUAUGGUGUUUGCUUCUCUUUUAUAAAUUAAAAAUGUAGAGCAAAGUUUUGUAAAUAUGAUCACUUACACCACUUGUGAUUUCUAUCAUAGACAGUUCAUAUAAAAUACUAAACUUUUUAUUCUCCUUAGAUUUAAGGUAACAUUUCAGGUAAAGUUAGUAUGAAAGACAUCAAUAAUAAAAGACAGAAUCAAGUUUUGUAAUGAUGUAAAAUUUUCAUCAGAUGUAAUUUACAACUAGUGUUGUAAAGUUCUCAGUUUCUGCAGAAAAUAUUUAUAGUUGCAGUAGAUGCAACUGAAACCAGAUAAAAUGCAACCUUUGAAAGUUCAUAAAAUUUCAUGUUUUAUCAUCUGAAGUUUAUGUUUGUUAGCUGUGUAUAAUGUAUAUUAAUCAUAUUUUGUGCAUGGUAUUGUGAUCAGGAAUAUUUUUUGUGCUUUAAAGAGAUCAAACAGGUUAGGAAGGGUUUUUGAUUUAUUGGGAUAUGGCUUUAAUAUUUAUAACAGGAAUGAAGGUUAUCAUAUACUACAGCAAUUUUAAGUCAAGAACCCCAUUCUGCAAUCCUUACAGUUUUUGCCCCUUUCAGUUAGAAAAGAUAUUUUAAGAUUUCAAUGACUUUCUCUUCCUAUACAAAUUGUUGUACAGCACAUGGAUGAAAUUAAUAUAGGCCAUUGUAUAGAACUUCAGACAAACAGAUAUCUGCGGAGUUGGGCUGUUACUGUGUUUUCUAUUAUCAUGGGGAAAAAUGCAAUUACAUAGUGAGUUUUGAUAUUUUUCAGCGAAAGUCAUUGUAAUUCCGUAUAGUAAACAAAAUAUUUGUCAUACUCUCCCAUUUUUGAGGAUGGUGAGAAAUCCCUCAUAGCUGUUUUGGCACAAUAUAGUAUACACACUUUGGAGUGGAAUCUAAACUUUAUUACAGUAUUAGUAAAGAUGAAUCCUUUGGGUUAGCCUUGUGAAAGUUAAAAUAAAAUUAGCUCAGUGGUAUGGUUGAACUACUUUAUAAUGACAGAAACAAUGAAAAUUAUUUCAUAAUUUUAGAUUUAGUUUUCCAAUUUCUAACAUUUAUAGCAGCCAGUUCCAUAUAUUUGCAGAAGUGUAGUUACACCAUUGAAAAUAAAAUAUAUCUGACACAAUAGCUUGCAAUUGGGGUUUUAUACCGAGCUAAUGCUGGACCAAAAAUUUACUUAUUAAAUAAUGUACAGUAUACUCCAGGGUCGAUAUCUUUCUUAUGUUUACUGCUUCCAUAUUAAUGUAUUAGCGCCUCAGCGGCGUGUUUGGUAUGGUAUUAGCGUUCCACCUCAGUGGUCGCGGGUUCGAUUCUCGGCCAUUCCAUUGAGGUGUGAGAGAUGUGUAUUUCCGGUGAUAGAAGUUCACUCUCGACGUGGUUCGGAAGUCACGUAAAGCCGUUGGUCCCGUUGCUGAAUAACCACUGGUUCCAUGCAACGUAAAAGCACCAUGCAAACAAAACAAACAAACAUAUUAAUGUAUUCUUAGUUACCUUUUAGUAUGAUGCUCUUUACAUGUACAUUAGUCUUUUGUAUAUGUUUUCUUUUUUUAAUAAAAUGUUGUUAACAUAGGGAGUUUCUAUAGCAGAUAAAUUAAAAAUUUGCUUUAAUGUAGUAGUUGGAAAUGUCUGUUGCUUUUGAAAUAAAAAUUUAUUUUGGACUA